AUAUUUUUUAUAAAGUGUUCUCUAAGAUUCAUAAAAAAUGUAUACUAUUAUCCUGGUAUUGUGCGUUAUAGCAAUAUUUUUAUUUCGAUAUUACACUCACCAUAAAUACUGGAAAUAUAUUAACGAAAUUCCAGGACCUACAGCUUUGCCGAUUAUUGGCAAUUAUCAAUUGGUUAGUGUAGACAAUGUGGAACUUUUUAGAAUCACCCGCGAGAGAUCAAAAAUUUUUUAUCCGAUAUACAAAGAAUGGAGCUUCGGAUUUUAUUUGGUUAGCCUUUUGGGCCCACCUGAAGACAUGGAGCUAAUUUUAGGACAUUCAGAAAAUAACAACAAAAGUUUUGUAUACAAAUUUUUAAGGAAUUGGCUUGGAACAGGGUUAUUAACCAGCAAUGGUAGCAAAUGGCAUUCCAGGCGAAAAAUACUGACGCCAGCUUUUCACUUUAAUAUAUUACAGAAAUAUCUUGAAGUGUUUAAUAAAGAAACCGAAAUUUUAGUCGACGAACUGGCUAAGGACGCUGGAAAGGAAUAUAUUAAUGUAGUGAAACCAAUAACUGAUUUUACGCUAUUUUCAAUAGGAGAAUCAGCGUUGGGGGUGAGUCUACGUGAAAAGAAUUGUGAUGAAUAUAAGAAGGCUAUUCAUGAGCACGGAAAAAUUGGCGCGUACAGAAUAACCAAACCACUUCUGUAUCUAGAUUUUAUAUUUAAUAUGUUUCCAAUUAGUAAGGAACUUCAAAAAUGUAUACAUACUUUACACGAUUUAUCAACAAAUGUAAUUCGAGAAAGGGAGCAAAGCAAACAAACGGAUGCCGAAGGAAAUUUUUCCUAUUCGAGAAGAAAAAGACUGGCUUUAUUAGACCUUAUGCUUGAAGCAAGGGCAGCUGGUGAAAAUAUUGAUGAAAAAGGAAUUAGAGAGGAAGUAGAUACUUUUAUGUUUGAGGGACAUGAUACGACAUCGGUAGCACUGUGCUAUAUUUUGUUGACUUUAGCUAAUGAGCAAAACCAUCAGGCAAAAAUAUAUGAAGAGAUUCUCUCAGUCUUAGGAACAACUCAAUAUCCAACUCAGCAACAACUAGGGGAGCUCAGGUUCAUGGAAAGAUGCAUUAAAGAAUGUCUACGUAUUUAUCCGAGUGUGCCAUUUAUUUCCCGAGUUACUGGAAAGACUCUACACACCCAUUCUGGGUACACAAUACCUAAGAAUUCGACAGUUCUUAUAUUUAUUUAUGACUUGCAUCAUAACGCGGAAGUAUGGGAGGAUCCAGAGAGAUUUGAUCCUGAUAGAUUUUUACCAGAAAAUGUUGCCAAAAGACAUCCGUUUGCAUAUUUACCGUUCAGUGCCGGAGGAAGAAACUGUAUAGGCCAGAAAUUUGCUAUGUUAGAAAUAAAAGCGGUAUUGUGUGGAAUCCUUAGAAAAUUUAAAUUGGAGGCAGUACACAAACGAGACGACAUCAAAUUUAAAGCAGAUCUCGUAUUAAGACCAAUUGGUGAAAUACGAGUCAAGUUUUCUCAUCGGCAAUAAAAAUACACUUAAUGUCACAUACUGAAUACCCUAAAAUGCUUAACACAGGCAAAUGUUUUCGAAGUCGUUAACAAGAAGGCAUAAUGCUUGAAGGAAGAUAUAAAUUAGCUAUUUGCUUUGACCUUAUUGCGGUUGUUAGUUCGACAAUAUUUUGUUAAAUCAAUAAAUUAAAUAAAUGGAUUAUUAUUGAAUUUAGUUAUUUACGGAUUUUGGCAAUUUUUUUUUAUACUUAGGUCAGUGUCGAUGUAUUUUGAUAUAUAAAUUUUUAAUUUAUCCUUUCUAGACGAAGAAUUAUAUUUGGAUAAUUAAAUGUCAA